AGGAUUCUCACAUGUGCUAAGGAAUUGUCUUAUGCUCCAGGUCUCCUCAAACAUGGCCGCCGCCCUCCCAACAGAGUGUGACUGAGUUCCCUUACCCCUGCCCCUGUAAUACUACCUACCUCACUGCUCUGCAGGCAGCACUCAGGAGGGGCUGUGCUGGGUAUGAGCUGUUCUGCAGGAGGAGUGGGCUGUGUGUUAUCUUGGGAUGGCGGCAGCUACUUGGUCUGAACGGGUCCUGAAGCUGGUGGUAGAUCUCAACAACCUGCAUCGUGGAGGCUGUCUGCCGUUCUGCGUACAAGGGCAGCGUGUCGGCUGGGUGCUACAGCCGGUGGCACAGCUUCUCUCCCAGACCUCCGAUGUGUUCACCCUACGCAGAGACCCCUCUGCCCAGCUGGAGCUUAGUGACCGUCUGCGCUGCCCCCAGGACAGGACACGGGCUGUACAAGAGGUGAUGGAGUCAUUGAGAGCUCAGGACGUCUUCCCCUGUCUCCGGGAAUGGAGGGAUGAGCUCUAUGAUGUGAAGGGUCUCUUCUCAGACCCCCCUCUCCUCCGCAUGGAGCGAGCUGCAACACCUCUCCUUGGGGUGUCCCGAUAUGGGGUGCACGUGAAUGGCUUCCUGCAUAAGGAAACAGAAACAUAUAUGUGGAUCGCCAGACGUUCAUUGACGAAACCCACGUACCCUGGAAAGCUGGACCACCUGGCUGCCGGAGGAAUCUCUGCAGGGUCCGGAGUGUGGGAGACUCUCCUCAAGGAGUGUACAGAAGAGGCAUGUAUCCCAGAAUCCCUUGCAGCCACUGCCAAACCAGCCGGGACCGUCAGCUACGCCUAUAAGCUGGACGCUGGGCUGUACCCGGAGUGCCAGUUUGUGUAUGACCUAGAGGUCCCGGAGUCCUUCCAGCCAGUUGUAGGAGACGGAGAGGUGCAGGAGUUUUACCUGUGGCCCCUGGAUAAGGUGAGAGCGGCCAUCGCUACAGAAGAGUUUAAACCCAACUGCGCUCUGGUGGUUCUGGACUUUCUCCUGCGGAGGGGUCACAUACAGCCGGACACAGAGAAGUACUACACUCAGUUUGUGGAGAAUCUACAUGGGCCGCUCUGACGCUGCUGAUACAACAUCCGUCGCCGACUGACCCUCCUGGAUAAUGAACAGCUACUGGAGGCUUCUCUGGACGUGGGACAAUGAUGCUGGAACGUGGGAGACACAAUGGAGCCUCAUCCGUACAAUGUGCAGUCAUACCCAGCGGGAACGCAGAUUCCUAGGCUUGUGAUGCCUGCCAUUGGAUUACAGCUUGUACAGAACUCAUUCCUGCGAGAAAUAAUCCCCUGACCGCUCCAUGUAUAAAUGUUAUUUACUAGACUAGUAACUGGCUCCCAGCCUGACCGUACACUGUACAUGUGACCGAGGCGCGGGGUCCCGGCCUGACCGUACGCUGUACAUGUGAUAGAGGAAGGGACGGGUGUGCGGGGUCCUGAAUAAUAUUAAUGACUUCUGACUUUA